AGAUCUUCUAUUUCCUUCUGAAGGAUAUGUAAAACCCUUUCAGCAAUACAACUUGAAGCAAGAAAGGUGAAAAAUGGAUCGAGAAUCGCUGGAGAAGAGACCUGCGAUCCUCGUUGUCGGAUCCCCCAAUGUUGGCAAGCGAACGCUGCUGUCACGACUACUAAGCGUUGAUUUUGAAGAUGCGUCUGAUGAGUCAUCUGAGUUAGUUGUCCGUGGGUGGACUAUCAACACAAAGUACUACACAGCAGAUGUUUCAGUAUGGAUGGCUCAUCUUUGUGAUGGGUUAUCUAUUGAAAGCUUUCCAAUUUUUGACAGGAUAGUUGCCCUGGUGAUGGUGUUUGACGUUAGUGAUCCCUCAUCUCUUGUUGCUCUUAAAGACUGGGUGUCUGGCACCGACAUUCAGAGGUUUGAUAUACUGCUCUGCAUCGGUAACAAGGUGGAUCUUCUUCCUGGUCAUUCAGCUCAUACCGAGUACAAGAGACGCUUGCUGAAGCAUGGAGAAUCUUCUGUUAAUCCUCAACCGGACUUCUCAGAGUAUGGGAUAUCUGAUACUGAAGGAAGUAGUUUGCUGGGAGAUGAAGAGCCAUCAUGGGGUUUUAAGACCUCAUGCUUAGAAUGGUGUCUCGAACAUAAUGUUGAAUAUGUUGAAGCUUGUGCAUCUAAUGCUGUUUUUGACAAAUGCCUCUCCGUAGAUGGUGAUUCGCAAGGUGUUGACAGACUUUAUGGGGCUCUCUCUGCUCAUAUGUGGCCUGGAAUGUUGUUGAAGUCUGGUGAUAAGAUAAAUGAACCGUCAUUACCUGAACAAGAAGAGUCAGAAGAAGAAUCUGAUUAUGAACCUGAAUAUGAGAAAUUAUCUUCUGGUUCGGCAGAACCAUGGGAUGAUGUGGGAUGGAUGUCCGCUGAUGGUCCUGUUUCAACCUCGGGAACUGGGGGACCAUUGGAAGGGGAUCAUGACAUCUUAGAUAGAGAUUGUGAAGCCAAAUCUGGUGGAGAAGACUGCCAGCCAUCAACAUCAGCUUCUCAGUUGCCGGAAGGGCUUGACCGAGAAAAAGCAAAUGUGGCCCACGAAGGUGACAGAGCAUCAGAGCUCGAUGAGGAUAAAGCAUAUGAUUUUGAGGAUUUGGAAAUGCUGAUGGCUGAAAUUGGUAAUAUGCGCAGUGGGUUGAGAUUGAUGCCUGAUUUCCAGAGGAGGGAAAUGGCUGCAAAGUUGGCCAUGAAAAUGGCUGCUAUGUUUGGGGACAGCAGUGAAGGUGAAGAGGAGUUUGAUUGAUGAGAGUGAGAAAAUGUAACAUGCACCAAAACUUUGUAUGCCAAUUACCUUUGCCAUCUGAUGGUGGAGCUUGACAAUCAACUUAUAAAGGGAAGACAAACAGAUUGGGUAUAUAUGUGAUGAAAAUUGGGCCUCGGUCAACUGAAGUUUGCUUGCAUUCCGAACUGUCAAUGUGCUAAUUAUAUGAUAUAUGGGAGGAUAGACAGCUUCAAGUUUGUAACUUUCUAUGCCAUAGAGAAGAACCAGUGAAUUCAAGAGGUCAGUACUCGGUGGACAUAAUGUAUUUGUAUGAGAUUUUGCAUCCAGUUUGAAUUAAUUAUAUGAAAUAUUAUGUUGUUGAGGGGUGA